AUGGCUCGCAACCAUGACCCCAGCGACAAUCAAUACCGCUCCAUGGUUCGCAGCAUGGCCCCGCUAGCUAAGAGAGUUGAGAUCAUGGUUACCGAGUUUCAGACCGAUCGGAGUAGAUUUGCCUGGUCGGAUAUCUGCUGUACCGAAACACCUCAGAUCUGUCUCCUUCCGCCCUCUAGGUUCCUUCCAGUGAGUUCUCCUUCAAGGUGGCUCUGCAUGGCACGAUUUUGGCAGGGCUUCGCCAUCGAUAUGCUCUCUGUCUUCAUCUAG